GGGAGGAGGAGGAGGAAAAUCUCACGAGAUAAUGAAAGAAAAAGAGGAGAGCUGCUAGUGGAGAAAAAAACGAGGCUAGACCCGGAGAUUUUUUGGAGUGGAAAACAAAGACCGAGAAACGGGACCGAGCAGAGCGGGAGAGAGCUCGGUGUGCAGCCGCAGAUGGUUUUUGCUCUCUGCUUUUGGUGAAUGUAGCACCCCGGGGCGCAGCGGAGCAAUUGUGUGAAUCUGCAGGGCUGCUCGGCGACACAGUCGGAGACAUGCACAGGACGGACAACAGCCGCGGACGCGCUCUGAGAAGUGGAUCAUAAAGGCACAAAGCGAGGCUUCUGCCGAGGAACACAGCUGAGCACCAAAGACACCAGAGAGCUGCUGAUGCACAAGAGAGAAUAAAAUCUCAGUAAAAGCUCCUGAUGCUUCUGCAAACUGCUUCUCUGGGAGUUUGAGGGAGUUUGAAGACAGUACUUAACGUUAUCAGAUAAUUAAUUAGACACCCCAUAAGCCCGGAAAUCAAUUAAUUCACAAAUCAAUAAAUCCAUAGUCUGGUGUAACAAGAGAGCUGCAGACUGUUGGCCCCGCUGCUCAACAACAAUAACAAGAGACGAGCAACAACACACAGGGGCCGCAAACACACGCUUAUUUGCUGAAAGUGAAGAUGGAUGGGAGUCUCGGGGAGAUGUCCCUCCACAGCCACGCUGAUCUGGCUCACAGUCAGGACGGCAGGGCCAUGCUGCACACGCGGGACCUUUCAGCUGCUUUCCCCAGGCCCUCCCUCGGGGGCCCCUCCAUGUCUCUGGAGCCCGAGCCCCGUCCGCCGGGCUUCGACCACUCCAUGUCAGCACUGGGAUACAGCGGCGACUCCCCGUCCAGCACCGGCAGCACCUACACCACCCUGACCCCCCUGCAGCCCUUUGACGACAAGUUCCACCACCACCACCAUCACCACCCCUGCCUCCCCGUCAGCAACGUCAUCGGCAGCUUCACCCUCAUGCGUGAGGACCGAGGCCUCAGCACCAACUUCUACAACCCCUACGGCAAGGACCUGGCCAUGUCCCAGAGCCUGUCGCCCCCCUCCUCGGGGUCAGGCCUGGCCUCCUCCAUGCACGGCUACGGCAGCUUGGGCAACAGCCCCAAUGGCAACGCUGGUCAGAUGCUCCACGCCGGCUACGACGUCCAUGGGGGGAGCCUCUUCUGCCGGACGUCGGACUUUGGGCGCGAGAUGUCGCCACCGGGCCUGGGAGGAGGCGAUGUGUCGGUGGGGCAUCAGCUGAACAAAAUGGAGGCUCACCAGCACGCCCCGGGCCACCACCCUCACAUCUACAGCCAGCACUACCAGCCCCACCACCACCCGAGCCAGCAGGCCUCCAAAAUGGGCGAGCACCUGCACUCCUCAUCGUCCGCCUCGUCCUCGCCCGGCGAGGGCAUGCUGCCGGGCGCGCAGGGCAGCGGAGGCGGCGGGGAGGAGAUCAACACCAGGGACGUGGCCCAGAGGAUCAUCACCGAGCUGAAGAGGUACAGCAUCCCCCAGGCCAUCUUCGCCGAGAGGGUUCUGUGUAGGUCACAGGGCACGCUGUCUGACCUCCUGAGGAACCCCAAGCCCUGGGGCAAGCUCAAGUCCGGCCGUGAGACCUUUAAGAGGAUGUCCCGCUGGCUGCAGGAGCCCGAGUUUCAAAGAAUGGCCUCGCUCCGGCUGGAGGCCUGCAAGCGGAAGGAGCAGGAGCAGAGCAAGCUGGAGCGCAACCAGGGCCCGAAGCGCACCAGGCUGGUGUUCACAGACCUGCAGCGGCGUACGCUCAUGGCCAUCUUCAGGGAGAACCACCGCCCGACCAAAGAGCUGCAGGUCACCAUCUCCCAGCAGCUGGGCCUGGAGCUCUCCACUGUCAGCAACUUCUUCAUGAACGCCCGCCGACGCAACGUCAACAAGUGGGCAGACGAGGGCCGUCCCUCCUCCACGGGUUCCUCGGGCUCCAGCGUUUCCUCCUCCGCAGUGUCCUGCAGCACGGCGUGAUGACGGACCGCCGAGGAGGCACGGUGGGGAGGGCGCUGAGGGAGCAAGGGGGCACAUAGACUGGUCUAGGCAGAGAUCAGCCGUAAUAAAUGUCCUCCUCGUUAUCAGAAGGAGCGACGGAGCCAGCUAUUAUAGAUGAUUUUAUGAAGAUGAAGCAUUUUCCCAAACCAAAGUCGAUCGCUCCCUUGAAAUAGAAGGGGGCGAUACCCAGAGUGAUAUGAGUGCAGGACGGGAGGUCCUGCUUGUAUAGUCAAGGGUGCAAAGAUGAUUUGACUCAAAGAAGAGUCACACCCUUACAUAGACACACCAUCUCAUCGCAUUAUUUUGAUUAUCUAGAUUAGAGAUAAUGAGGGUAUUACAAAUCAGGAGGAAGCAUAUUUUGGUGUACCUUCAAAUCUAUACUCAUCUCUCCAAACGUGAAGAAUCAAGAGGUGCCGUUUGCUCACACGUGGAGAGCGCCAUCGUGUAACUUCUUAAUCAAAAGUGUUCACCAUCAUCCAAAGAUGUUAAUCCUCCCCCGACGUUCUUAUGGUCCUGUUUUUCCUCGUGAAUCAAGACGAAAGAGGAAGAAAAGGCUUUUUUUUAACUUCUCUUUUUUUUCCUGAAGAACCUAAUUCUCCUUUCUUAGCAUGUGUUUCCAUGGUGAUGGUUCCCAGGACUGGAUGGCAUUGUUCCAAGUUCGGAGCCUGGAAUUAUCAGGAGGGCUGUGUAGCGUCCGUGACUCCCAGCUGUCAAUCAUUCACCAUCAACAGGAGCCUUUCCUGUAUUUUAUGAAGACGGUCCCGCCUUGAAUGAAUCAGAGUUUUCGGGGGGGCCGCAGUGCAUCUCGCCGUACGCCAGGACAGAAUCAAUAAACACAAGUCGGACGCAGAAACAGACUUGUUGGUGCAACGUCUAGCUUUAAGACUCUCACCGAGCUUUCGAGUGAAAGCUCUUCAGCCAUUUUUGACUCAAAAUCAAGCCAAAAAAAGAAAAAAUGAAGAACAACUUCUGAACACGAAGGCUCCGCGGGGGAGAGCUUCACCCGACACAAUGUAUAGUGACAUUGUAGUAUUUUUUUCCACUCAUUUCCAAACAACUGUACACACCUCUGCUCCAUUACGAAAUCUUUUUUUUACAGAUGUCUAGAAAAUGGAGGAAUGUGAUUCUUUCAGCCCUUUUUGUACAGAUUUCAAGCACAUCGCUCUAUUUAUAGAAACACGAUGGAGGUGCGGGGCGGUUUGUUUCAGCCCUGCUGACGUACAAGGUCAUUUUUUUGGUCCACAAAGGAAAGGCUUUAACAUGCCUCCUUAUAGCCAAUAGUUAAAUCAAACCAAGAACGUUUCAAAUGCAAUUGCUGAUCUGAUCAAUGUAUUUAUUACUGCAUUUGUGUAUUUAUUGUUUUUCCCUUUUUCUUUCCUCUCUAUUUAUUUGGUUAUUUAUUUAUGCUAUCUAUAUACUGUAAGUAUUUAUUUAACGAUGCUCUGUAUGUCUGUGUGAACUGAGUACUUUUUCUGAUGGGCACUUUUAGCUGUAGAAUCCCAUCGUAAUACCAAAGAUUAACAUUGCCUCCCUGAAUGUACGGCCUGACUCCCAAACCCUGGUCCCGACCCGACCCGACCCGACCCGUCCAGCCCGACCCACCCAGUGAUGUUGCGUAUCUCUCUCUCUCUCUCUAAGGCCUGGCCUUUGGUUUUGGUUUUUUCGUUUGGUUUUGUAGAAUAAUGGGGAUUUCUUUACUCUUGCAAAUGUCUCUGCGGUCAGCUCUUAACGCCAAGGCCAAAGCUUGUUUGAAUGUUGUGAUAAUAUUUAUAAUUAAUACUAUGAAUAAUAAGAACAAUAAUUAUAAUAACGAUGAUGACGAUGAUGUGGCAUCCCAUAGGUUCACAGGUUGCUUGUAAAGUUGUGUUCAGACCAAUGCCAUCUGGCGGAGUGUGUCAAGUGUCUGGGGACCCACUUAAAGCGUCGUCUGCAGGCCCUGUCGAGUGCGAGUCCUUCAGGGUCACAUGCAAACAUGCGCACUGUGUGUCUGCCUGGGGAAAUGCAUGGUUGUGACCCCCCCCCCCCCAUGUCCCUCACCUGCCCCCCUCCCCAGUGCAGUGCAGACACUCCUGUCUAUGUCCGACUCAGUGUGAUCUCACCGUCCUCCACAUGCCAAGCCUUCUGACAGUUGUCUCAGUUCCAUCAGGGUUCUUAGGGUUCGCUCCUGGACCUUCGGGGUUCUGCAGGUGUGCUCCCGGGGUCUUCUUGGGUUUCUUGGAUUUUUGUUCCCUGGGUUCUAAAGGUCUUAAGGUUCGUUCCUGGCAUUCUGGGUGUUUCUGGUUUGUUCUUCAUCUUCUCUGGAUCUCUGAUUUGGUUUGAGGCCUCUUGCGAUCGUAGACUUUGUCCCUGGACCUUUAAAAGUCUAAAGCCACUUUUCCACUGCACAAAAAACUCGUUAACACCCACGUACAUCUGGCUGUUUAAUGUUGUGGGAAAGGUUACGAUCACGCUUCACUUCUGGGUCAAAUGACAGUCACGGCUCCGGCUACGAUUGGCAUUUAUAGAAAUGAAGGCGCUAAUUUUUUCCCCUUAACCAGGGAGAUGCAGUGACGAGCCUUGUCUCCACCCAAGCAGCGCUCAAACAUCGAUCCAAAUUCGUCUGAGAUUGAAACAGAGACUGAAUAUGUUUGAAAUACAUGAAAAGAAGUAACCACCAUAACAUUUUCACUGGCCGCCAUGCUGCUUUCUAAUGUUUACUAACCUGUUUUCUGGCCUGUUUGUGACACUGAAUGUGACACACCAAACACGCACAGAAAGGCGUACUCUAGUCUUGUACGCAGCUUUGGUCACCGGCAGUGAGAAAGGAGUCUAUCACCUAUUUUUAGCUGAUUUUCCCAUGUUUAAAAAUGGAGGGUACAUGCUCUGAUUUUAGUGGAGAAGGGCUAUAAAAAAGUUAGCUCCUCAUUUUGUAAGAAUCUUAGAUUGUGUUGCUUCUGGCCCUCUGUUACCUCUUCUCCACCAAAUUAACUCUGAUUCUUGAACUGGUUAUGUUCAGCUUUACUGGAAUCUGGUGCUAUCCAGCAAACCAGCCCUCGUUUCCACCGGUUUUGAGCAGAACCAUUGUAAUCAAAGAUGCGUCAUUGACGGAGGCUGUUGCACAAUGGAAGUUAACAGCAGUAGCAAGAUGGCGGAUUGUACUGAUUAGCUACAGACGUUUGUUCUGUCAGAAAUUUGAUUUUAUCCAAAAAACCAAGCGUGGACCAACGAUUAAUGAUAAGAAGACGUAGAAGAUGUGUUAGACUCCUUGCUCUUAGUACAACAUGUAGAGAAUGACACGCCCUGUCAUAUUUGUAUUUGAGUAAAAUCUGCUGUUUUUUGGAUCCAGCUGGGAACAAAUUUGUUGUUGGUUGAAAUGCUCCGACUGGUUCAACAUUAGGUGUGCGAACCGAAACUGAACCCGUUCCAUGUUGGUAAAAAAGAGCGUCAGGGUUCACUCCUGAUCAUGUGGGGUUCUUGCAGUUUGGUCCAGGUUCUCUCAGGUUGUUUGGGUCCCUCAGCAGCUCGUACAGGGACAAGUGAUUUGGUUUUCCAGCCUGCUGCGUUGUGAAUGCCUAAAUGAGGAGAGAAUCUUUGCAGAACUGAUUCUGACCCCGGCGUAAAUGCUGCCAAAGAGUGGCGAGGCUAGCUUGGCCGUUUUCCACCCUUUCCCUCCAUCUCUCCGUCUCUCUCUUUCUCUGUCUUUAACGUUGGAAGGGGGCGGAUUGCCGGGGCCCCCUUCACAGCGUGCACUUGAAAGACGGGCGGUCAUGAAAGAGGCCAUCGACUUUUUCGCGGACUUCAAAGGGGAGGCUUUUUUCAUCCCGUCUCCUCUCUGGGUAUCUGGUCUGGGGUCCGCUCUUGGCCAGACCUGUGGGCUUUAGGGGGCAUUCACAGGGGGCGGGGGGAGAUCAGAGAGGAGGCUGAAUCAUCCAGAAUGAGGAUGGUGGUAGUGGUGUGUGUGUGUGUGUGUGUGUGUGUGUGUGUGUGUGUGUAGCAGAGGUGGGAGGGGGGUUGUUUGAGGAAUAGGAGGUGUUGGAGUAGUGGGGCAUGGAGCUGAAUUAAACUUUAAUGAGCAACAAUUGUAAGCAUGC